AUGGCGGUGGAGGAGCGGAGCUCAGAGAUGCCCGUGCGGCCGGGUGACCGGCAAGAUGCUGUCCCACACGAGCAGGAGCCCAGACACAACAGCUGGGAGCCAGAGGAAAAUAUCCUGGACCCGAGGCUGCUCCUGGCCUUCCAGAAGAAGGAACACGAGAAGGAGGUGCAGAACCGGAAGCGAGGCAAGCGGCCGAGGGGCAGGCCCAGGAAGCACACAGUGAUGUCCUGUAGCCGGCACUCCAAGCUCAAGGAACCCGACGCCCCCUCCAAGUCCAGCAGUUCCACGUCUUCGUCCACAUCUUCCUCCACGUCCUCGGACGAAGACGAAGACAGCGACUUAGACGCCAAGAGGGGUCCCCGGGGCCGCGAGACCCACCCAGUGCCUCAGAAGAAGGCCCAGAUCUUGGUGGCCAAGCCUGAGUUGAAGGACCCCGUCCGGAAGAAGCGAGGCCGCAAGCCCUUGCCCCCAGAGCAGAAGGCGGCCCGGAGACCCGUGAGCCUGGCCAAGGUGCUGAAAACCGCCCGGAAGGACCUGGGGACGCCGGCCGGCAAGCUGCCCCCGCCGCUCAGCGCCCCCGUGGCGGGCCUGGCGGCCCUGAAGGCCCACGCCAAGGAGGCCUGCGGUGGCCCCGGCGCCGUGGCCAGCCCGGAGAACCUGGCCAGCCUCAUGAAGGGCAUGGCUGGCAGUCCCAGCCGGGGUGGCAUCAGCUGGCAGAGUUCCAUUGUGCACUACAUGAACCGAAUGAGCCAGAGCCAGGCCCAGGCCGCCAGCAGACUGGCGCUCAAGGCCCAGACCACCAGCAAGUGCGGCCUCGGGCUGGACCUCAAGGUGAGGACGCAGAAGGGGGAACUGGGGAUGAGCCCCCCGGGAAGCAAAGCCCCAAAGGCCCCCGGCAGCGGGACUGUGGAGCAGAAAGGAGGGAGUGCGGGGGGGUCCCCCUACGUCCACAGCGGUGGCAAGGCCCCUGCCGGGUGCCUGGGUGCCCAGCCUGCACCCGCCCAGGAGCUGAGCCCCCAGGUCUUGGACUUACAGAGUGUCAAGAACGGCACACCAGGGGUGGGUGCGGUUGCCCGCCAUGCUGCGGCCACCAAGGGCGUCCCUGCCACCAACCCGGCCACCGGGAAGAGCGCCGGGGGCGCCCCCCCCGGGGGGAGCGGGGCCAGCGUGUCCUGCGACGCCAACAAGAGUGAGAAGCUGGCUUCUAGGGGGGCCGCUCUGCCCACCCCUGCAGGCAAGAGGGACUGUGUCAAAGGCAGCUCGGGCCCCGGUGGGCAGGAGGGCCACGCGGGCCCCGGAGAAGUGCGCAAGGCGGCCUUGCCGUCCGAGAUGAGCACCGGAGAGGAGAACAGCAGUUCCGACUCCGACCCCGACCCGGCCUCCCCGCCCGGCGCUGGACAGAACCUGUCUGUGUCUGUCCAGACCAGCCAGGACUGGAAGCCCACCCGCAGCCUCAUCGAGCACGUCUUUGUCACCGAUGUCACCGCCAACCUCAUCACAGUCACGGUGAAGGAGUCCCCCACCAGCGUGGGCUUCUUCAACCUGAGACAUUACUGA